AUGGCACAGACACAGGAGGAGGAGCGCCCGAACGGCACCACCAGUGCAAACCAUGAAGAACCCAAGAGAGUGUGGACGACGCUCAUUACCAACACCAAGUACCUCUCUGGGCUGCUGAUGCUCGAUCAUUCUCUGAAGAAGGCGGGCUCGAAAUAUCCUCUGAUCGCUCUUUACACCGACACUUUCCCUUCCGAAGGACACGAAGCCUUGAAGAGUCGGAACAUUCCUUCUAAACAUAUUCCAUACCUCCUACCUUCUGUGGCCAAAGAAUACACCAACGAUCCUCGCUUUUACGAUUGCUGGAGCAAGCUUACUCCGUUCAGUCUCCUCGAAUAUGACCGAGUAGUGCAAUUGGAUAGUGAUAUGUUGGUGCUGAAGAACAUGGACGAGUUAAUGGAGCUCCAGCUGGACCCGCCCGAGAUGAAUGGCGACGGAAACAGGGUGUACGCCGCGAGCCAUGCUUGUGCGUGCAAUCCCUUGAAGAAGCCGCAUUAUCCAAAACACUGGGUGCCUGCAAACUGUGGGUUCACUUCCCAGCACGAUACUCCCGACGAUGCGCAAAUCCACGGUCCACCUCCUACCGCGGGUAUAGGAAGUCCCAAUGGUGGGCUAGUCGUCUGCAAUCCGAGUCAAGGUGUCUACGAUAAAAUCCUAGAAGCGAUGCAAAAUGGCGAUCUAACGGAUUCGUAUGACUUUGCUGACCAAAGCCUGCUCGGGGAUCGGUUCUACGGUCGCUGGGUUGGCCUAUCUUAUAUAUAUAAUGCUUUGAAGACGUUGAGAUGGAAAGGCGUUCAUGACGCCAUAUGGCGGGAUGAUCAGGUCAAAAACAUCCACUACAUUCUGAGCCCGAAGCCAUGGGACCAGAAACCCGAGGAAACCGAGGAUGAAACGCAUCGAUGGUGGCAGAAGAUGAACGACGAGAGACUGAAGGAAGAAAAGGCCAAUGGUAUCGACGACGGAUUCUGA